CCAUCGCCACAUAAAUUUGUGUGGCAGCCAUAAUUGUCGUCGUUCCAUGGACAAUUUCAUCCCCAAAACACCGGUUUAAAUAGCUGUUUUCGUCACCUGCUGGUGUUCGUUUGAUACAAGGUAGAUUUGGGAGGACGAACUAGAGCAGACUGAGGUACAAUGAGUGAGUUAAGACAUCGUGAAGGACAAGCAUCUAAGGAGUCAAAUAGCGGUGGUGCAGAACAACAGUCGAAGACCGAACAUGAACAGACACAAGCAGACGUGACGGCCGACAUGGCCGAGAAGCCUGUUACUGGCUGCAAGCCACCUGAUGAUUUGCAGGAAGCCCUACCGCAGCUAUCUGAUCCACCCAUCCCAGCCCAGAAAGACACUGUACCAUCCAUCUUGAAAGGUUUACCACCAAGAUGGCAGAAUUGGUUUAUUCGAGGUGGUUUCUCCAUCGUGAUGGUGGCAGCGUUUGCGUUCAUCAUUUAUUGUGGACCUGUAGCAAUCACUGGCCUGGUGCUGCUGAUUGAGAUGAUGUGUUUUCAUGAGAUCAUCACCAUCGGACACGCUGUAUAUCGCUCACAAGACCUUCCCUGGUUCCGCACACUUAGCUGGUACUUCCUGUUAUGUGCCAACUACUUCGUCUAUGGCCAGAGUAUGAAGGAUUACUUUGGUAUUGUGCUCCACAGAGACCUGGAAUUUCUGCAGCCAUUGAUUGACUACUAUCGCUUUGUUGCUUUCUGGCUCUACAUGUUUGGCUUCAUGUUGUUUGUGUUGUCACUGAGGAAAUCUCAAUAUCUGGUUCAGUUCACCCUGUUUGGCUGGACCCACAUAGCUCUCCUAAUUGUCGUCACUCAGUCCAAUCUGAUCGUUCAGAGCAUGUUUGAAGGAAUCAUCUGGUUUCUUCUUUCAACGACAUCGGUCAUCUGUAAUGACAUCAUGGCCUACAUGUUUGGAUUCUUUUUUGGCCGGACUUCACUCAUCAAACUUUCACCCAAGAAAACCUGGGAGGGUUUCAUUGGAGCUUGCUUCUCAACCGUCAUCUUCAUUGUCAUUGUUGCCAGCUUUCUCAAACGCUACAACUUCUUUGCCUGCCCACCUGAGUUUGAUGAAGAGAAGGGUGAGUUUGUCAUGGAAUGUGAGCCAUCAGUCACCUUCUAUCCCAAGGAAUACAACGUACCCAUCUUCAUGCAGAGCUCACUGGCUUUGGUUGGUAUCCAGUGGCAGACGUUCACCACCUUACCACUGUACAUACACGCUGCCGUCAUUGGCCUAUUUGCCUCUCUGGUGAGCCCCUUUGGUGGAUUCUUUGCUAGUGGCUUCAAGAGGGCAUUCAAGAUCAAGGAUUUUGGUGAUGUAAUUCCUGGCCAUGGAGGGAUCAUGGAUCGCUUUGACUGCCAGUUCUUAAUGGCUUCUUUCCUCUAUGUAUACCUACAGACCUUCCUCAAGUCUUCCUACCCACAGAAGCUUGUCCAGCAAAUAUUCCAGUUGAGUGCUGAAGACCAACUGAUGGUAUACAAACAACUCACAGAGCACUUGAAUAAGACUGGUAUCCUGCCCAUGUGAAGGAAAUCAAAGUGCCGGUAAUCACAGCUGUAAGUACAGGAAUCAGACCAUAGAUGCUUGAUGACUGUGGCUAUGGAUUAUAUACAUAGGCUGUGCCAGGAUUUCAUGUAGCCACAAUGAUUCUUAAUUGAACACAGCGGCUUCCCAUUAACUCAUAUCAGUUGUUUCACUUGUUAUUGGCUAUAAAUAAAGAUCUGUGUCAUCUCAACCAUUUUGAUGACUACUUUUUUCAAUCUGUCCCUCUCGCAAACAAUCUGCAAACAACCUGCACAGAAUGAAAUGAACCUGCACGAUCACUUGAAGUCUGAUCCGUCAAAUACCUGAUUGUAUUGAUACUCUCUGUGUUGUUUGCAAGUAAAAUUCCCUGUCUAAAAGAGCCGCUGAUUGUUCACAGGUUGACUCGAGAAGGCUUUUGCUGGAAGGGUUAAACGUUACAGUGAUGCAUAAAAACUCUGCAUCGCAAAAUAGUGUUUGUUUUAUAGAUGCACAGUGCUAUUUUUAGCAGCUUGGAGUAACUGUAGCAGGUUGUGAUGAUGCAAUAUAUAUAUUGUACAUACAGAAAACUUGAUGUUAAUGUACAUAAUGCAGAAAAACCAUGUUGUUACCAUGUUGUUGGUAGUUUAUUAUUGUUUAGAUGUGCAGUGCUGCAGUUUGUGUCAGGGAUAAAUGUAACUCCUACUAUCGGAAAUUAUCCAAGAUAAACAAGAGAAUUACUCAAACUUUUCAGCAAUUUUUGCAUGCAUAUACAUUUUCAUUGUUCAUAUAAAGCUAAAAAAACAAUAUGCAGAUGAAUGAUUAAAAGAACCUAAAAAUAGUCUUUAAAAAGCGUUACACUAGAUGUGAAGAGUACGGGAUCACGGACAAAUGUUUAACGUCUCACUAAUAACAUGCAGGGUGUUAUAUGUUACAUGUACAUGUAAAUCAUCACGGCAAUUAACAAUUUUGAUCCUGUGUAGGUUUAUUUUAUUCUUAUAGAAGGAUUGCCUAGAGUGUCCACUCGAGGGCGCUCUUUAUAAUAUCUUUACCCUCUUACUCGUUACAGGAUACGUAAACUAAGUAUUUGUUUCCCAUUUUGUUUUGCUGGAUUUUAUUCAAUGAAGGUAAUAUUAUCGUUCUAGCUAUUGAAGUGGCCGAUUUAGAAUAAGUAAUGUGUUUUUUAAUGUCAUAAUAUGACUUUUGCUAGUUUUUAAUAUUGUUCUCUAAUUUGAUAUUAAUUGGAAUUAAAAAAGUUGGUUUUCCUUGGUUGGUGGUCGAUCAAUUAACAACAAUAGAUAUAUUCUUAUUAACCUAACUGAAGACACCAACGCCCCCCCCCCCCUCCGAUGAAUGGGUGCAGUACAUCUGUGUCUAUUCUGUUCAGCCUAAACACAUCCGAUUCAACCAAUGGACUAAUAGUAAUACCAACAAUUUAUAAAUUGACCUAGAUAGGAGUCCAACUAAACCUUGUUGGUGUUCCACUGAACUGUUGAGAGAGUUUCCUUUUGAAAGGAUCUGUGAGCCUAUUUUUAUUCCGGAUUUCACACCAUGGGUUAUUAUUCAAAAAGCUGAACAGUCUAGAAAGGGUUGUUGUUAGAGAUCUGUGUAAUUUUAAAUGUGAUUUCUUGAUACUUGGAUAACUGUUUUAGGAAAAGUUAUUAAUUUUAAUUAAAUAUUUACCAUUAAUUAAUAAGUACCAUUUGAAAUAUGCAUGAUAUCAUUGGUCAGCCAUUAGACAUAUACAUGUUCUUAUUACGGUGUUUUUGUCAGUGCAAUAGCUCCAGUAAUAUAUUGUGCUUAUUUGUACGAUAAUGCACGAAGGUGUUAAUAAUCGGUUAUCGGUAUAAUAAUUGUGUUUAAUCAUAUGAUAUAUGUUUGUAUAGACUACAGUUUUAACCCAAUAGCCCAUUUUGAUACGUUUUUCAGGCCUCAGCUUUCUGUUUUUAGGGAUAGUGUUGGACAAGAAUCCAAAGAUUCCCUUAUCCAGUGUCAAGUAGCACUAGUUUCUACUGCAAAGUGCUUCAUUGAACUUGUAUCCUAUCGACUUGGUGACUUUUACAAUAGAUCUUGGGGAUAUUGCUGGUUUUUGGUGUAUUUAAACUUAUCGCAGCAUAUUAUUCUAAUUUGUGUUGAGAAAUUGUAGAUAGAGGUUGCUUUACAUGAAUGUUAUCAUGGAAUAAUAUUUCGUUACCAGUGCACCUUGAGUAAUGUUCAAAUUUCAACCUUAAUAUUUUAAGCAAAUCAGUUCCAUUAUUAAUACAAUCUUUCAAUUAUAUUGUGUCUAUCUUGAUGUUUAGAAUUUAAUUGAACAGCGUUCUAAAUUGCUUAGGAACAUGCAAAAUAGCUUCAGAAGUUCAGCUGUCACAACUGCCUUGUGUAACGCAUCAAUUUAGACAUAUAACAAAUGUUAAUAAAGUGAAGCACGACA